AUGUCCACUUCCUCUGGUUACCACAUUCGCCUAGUUCUUAGCCCAGGAAAAGACACUUCAUCAGAAGACCAGUUUGUACCAGCAUCUCUGUUUCAGCAUUUACCAGAUCAUCAAACGCUGCCAGUCGAGCCCAGAAAUCCAGGGCCUUCAGCAAAUACCUCGAGUGACUAUCGACUAGGGCGCGUUUCCGUGGAUUGGAUGGACUUUGAACAGACCGCAUCUUCGUCUAGUUCAGUCUCUAGGGAGAGACAAUUCGGAAGGGGACCCAGGCCUGCAGAAGGCACCUUCGUCCCUGUAACAAGGCAUAAAUCAGGAACCACAAACCUACCAGAGGGCGUCGUCCACAUCUUCCGUGAAGUGGAAAACAAAUUGCCACUAGAGGAACUUGAAGCAAAAACGAAUGCCUUGCACUUGGAUACCGAACCACCGCCCGAAGAAGAUGGGGUCAUGUUGGCAGUGUUGGCUGUUCCUUCAUGGAUGACUCCUUCGGACUUUCUUACCUUUGUUGGGCCAGUAGCUGAGGAUUUAGCCCAUCUGCGCAUCAUUCGUGACUACGCCCCAAAUCGCUCCAUUGCACUUCUCAAAUUCGUGAGCGCAGCUAUCGCGUCAGAAUUUGCUGCGGAAUACAAUGGAAAACCGUUCAACUCUAUGGAGCCUGAGAUAUGCCAUGUUGUUCACGUCUUGUCCGUAGUGGUGGAUGUAGAGGACCCUGUUCUACAAGCCAUACCCAGCCCAAGCGCAUCGCAGAGUUCCGUCUACGAACUACCUACUUGCCCGGUGUGUCUGGAGCGCAUGGAUGCGGCGGUUACUGGCCUCAUAACCGUUCCAUGUUCUCAUACGUUCCAUUGUAUGUGCCUGAGUAAAUGGGGUGAUAGCAGAUGUCCUGUAUGUCGCUACUCCCAGACGUUAAUUGCUUCUCAUCCCAGCACCUCCUCCAACCGCUCUCGAUCCGUCCCUUUCUCAACACCGAGCCCCUCGAUGGCACGGUGUAUGAGGUGCAUGUCAACAACUAAUCUUUGGAUAUGUCUCAUCUGCGGCAACGUUGGGUGUGGACGAUACGGUCAAGCCCAUGCGCACGCACAUUACCAAGAGACGACCCACCUCUACGCGCUCGAACUGGAGACUCAGCGCGUAUGGGACUACGCAGGGGACGGUUACGUGCAUCGGUUAAUCCAGAACAAGACGGAUGGGAAGCUAGUUGAACUCCCCAGUGCAUCAGCUUCUGUUGGUACGACAGCGCGAGACCACAAUGGCCUCGGGCCAAGCCAAGCCGAUGCUCUUACGGCGGAAAAGAUCGAAGCCAUUGGGAUCGAGUACUCCUAUCUCUUAACCUCGCAACUCGAGUCUCAGCGCGAAUACUACGAAAAUCAGGCAUCAGAGCUUAAAGAGCAGUUGGUCGAUCUGAAGGCGCUGGUGGCUCGGCUGAGUUUGGAUUUCGAGAGCGAACGGAGCAGGGCGAGGGAAGAAGAGGGACGGAGAAGAGCAGAGGAAGAGGAAAAGCUAUCGCAAGCCCUCAAGGACAAGGCAAAGGCCGAGCAGCGGGCGGAUAAAGCGCUUGAACUAGCGAGGAAGUUUGAGAAGGAGUUGAAGGAGGAGAAAGCUGUUAGUGAAGGUUUGAUGAAGAAUUUGGUGGUCAUGAAGGAGCGUGUAGAGCAGUUUGAUCGGGAUAAGGAGGCGUACACGAAGAAGGUGAAGGAGUUGGAAGAUCAGGUUCGAGAUGUGAUGUUCUUCUUGGAGGCUAGAACCAAGAUCGAGCAGGGAGAGGGUGUGGAGGGCGAGGCUGCCGGAGGAUCCCUUGAGAUUGCUGUACCACCGGAAACGCCGACUACAGCGAACGGAAAGAAGAAGAAACAAAAGAAAGGGCGAUGA